GGAGAAGGGAAAGGGAGGCCCUGCUAUUUUAUCCAGCAGGCAGGCUCUAGCUCCAAUGACAGGAGAGGCCCAGUGGUCUCUUCCCUCCCACCCCAAGCUGGUGACACCCAGCCUGGCCACGAACACAGCCACCCCAGCCUCUCCCUCCCCCUCUGGCCCCAGCUCCUUUCUCAGAAAACAGGGUGGAUGAGUUUCUCUAGCCCUUUAAACAGCUGACUGACACUUUAGCCCACACUGUUUUCUCACACUUUCUUAUAUUUGGAUUUCAGUUUUGUACUGUUGAGAACGUGUUUAUGGAUGUAGCAGAGAGUCUUGGAAUGUAGCUGAGCUGACUAUUUGGACAGGGUCGCCAUCAGUUGCGACGCUAACGGGAUGUCCCAUUUUGAACGCUCAGAGAGGGGGGGACGACAAGGUCACUGGAGGAGAAGGCAGCAUCACUGGAAUGGACCGGAUCACUUCCACAAUGACACCAGGGAUCCAGUGUUCCAGCAGUAUGAUGGUUAUGCUGGCCCUGUGGGGUUCAGGGUAGGCCCCCGGCCCUUUCCUCCCGUAGGGAGACACAAUGGACACACGAGGGCACUGGACGAGCUCACACUCAAACAUAUGGCCCAGGACUGCAGCUCAGUGAAAAACCAGCUGCUUACACUCAAGAGUUUAUUACAGAUGGAGGACGGUGGCCCAGAGGUUGUUGAGGGCGGUGAAGAGGAUAACAGCAUGACCCUACAGUUGGAGGAGCUAAUGAAGGAGGUGUGGAAGCUCAGGGAGGAGCUGAGGAAUAAGGAGAGAUCAAUCGCUCAGCUCACACUACAGCAACAGCAGCUACAGCAACAGGGGCCUGCUCAUGCUGCCCAGUCCGGGAGGGGUCACUGCCACCAGAGGACACAGUCACUCGGGGGGGACAGACGAACUCACCACGACAAAGCCACACAGACCUCUUGGAGAGGACAAGGACACAGCCAAGCGCCACAAAUACAGCCUUCCAGCCCCAGCCACCACGAGCACCUCACCCAAGAAAGACUAGUAAAAACAGCCCACACCGAGGGCCACAGUGACCCCCGGAGAGGGAGGAGGACCAGGGAAGAUGGAUCCCACUGCACAGACUCUGACCCACCCACCGGAAGUCCGGCCAUGGGUGUGGACACUCCACCAGUGCCUGACCCAGAUGAAUUGAGUGUGCUGCUUAGCACCCAGCUCAACAAACAUAUCAGAGAGUGGCCUGGAACCACCCCCAGUCCCACCCAGGGGCUUGCUGCAGCCAGCAGCCCAACCCCAGGAGCUCUGUCCAGGCCAGAGAGAGGGCAGCGAGCCUCUCCAUUGGGGCCACAGGGCCCUGGCUGCCCUCGCAUCCUGCAGCCGCCACGCCUCCACAAGCGUGUGUCCAUCCCGGCUCUGCCUCAGGGGGGCACUAAUGUCUCUCUUUUUCGAUCGGAGUCUUCAGCGCUGCUGGCCAACCACAGGACCAAGCAGCUGCCGCCUCCCUCCAGGGGCCUGCCCUGCUUCAAUUCUGGUCCCCAGGCGGUGAGCCCGUCUCUGGACCACGGGGUGCUCGCUAAGCCCCGCGCUCUGGGGGUCAGGAGGGACCUUGGGAGAACCAGCCCUCCUAGCCCUAAUCUGGAAAUGCCAGACCUGGGACUGCUCAGAGCCAGAGUCCUGGUUCUCCCCAGCCUCUCACGCAUCCCAAUGCCAAAGAUCCACUGAAGUGUUCACACAUCAAACAUGACGUGUUAUAUACUGUAUAACAUCCCUCCUCUUCCACCUCCUCAUGGUUCCUGCUCACCAUGUGUGUGUCCAUAUGUGCGUGUGUCCACAGCUCCUUAUGGACAUUCAGGAACUGCCCUUAACUACUGUUUGAACUUCUGCUGAACUGAACAGAAUAUGUAGCAUAUUCCUGUCUUAAAAUUUACAAAAUGCAAAGGUACAGUGCACAUCUAUUCAAAAUGGCACCUACAGGUUAUGACUGAGAUACACUGAAGGACUGUUUUAUCCUUUAUAAAAUGUCCAGUCACUUGCU